UUUUAUUGCGAGUUUUCUCACAUGACGUCGUUUUAUGGGCUCCUCUGUCUCACUGCAAUCAGCAUUCACUUGUCUUGUUCAUUUUCCCAAGAAACAAACGCAUUCCCUGCAUACAGCUCCUUCUCCUGCACGGUAGACACAAUGGAGGGCGUAGAUUCCAUAGAGCACAGAACAGUGAACGUUAAUGGCAUCAACAUGCACAUUGCAGAGAAAGGCCAAGGCCCUGUGAUUUUAUUCAUCCAUGGGUUCCCGGAGCUCUGGUACACCUGGCGCCACCAGAUUCUUGCACUGGCUUCGCUCGGCUACCGAGCCGUGGCUCCUGAUCUGCGCGGUUUUGGUGACACCGACGCGCCGUCUGGUUCAGAGAACUACACGAGCUUCCAGUUGGUCGGUGACCUUAUUGGGCUGCUGGACGCUGUAGCCGCCGAUCAGGACAAGGUUUUUGUGGUAGGGCAUGAUUGGGGUGCGAUUAUUGCUUGGCAUCUUUGCCUGUUUAGACCUGAUAGAGUGAAAGCGCUUAUCAACAUGAGUGUGGCGUUUAGUCCUAGGAAUCCCAAGAGGAAGCCUGUGGAGAGCUUGAGAGCUGGUUAUGGUGAUGACUACUACAUCGUCAGCUUUCAGGAGCCUGGAGCAGCAGAAGCUGAGAUUGCCCAGAUUGGUACUGAGAGAGUUAUCAAGGAAUUUUUUGCAUACCGUACUCCAGGUCCACUUUUCUUGCCUAAAGGGAAAUGGUUUGGGCAUGAGCCUAACACUCCAAUUUCCUUGCCUUCCUGGCUAUCUGAGGAAGAUGUUAAGUUUUAUGCCGAAAAAUACGAGGAGAAAGGCUUCACAGGAGGAUUAAACUACUACAGAGCUUUAGACCUAACCUGGGAACUCAUGGCACCAUGGACAAGGGCUAAAAUCAAAGUACCAGUCAAGUUCAUUGUAGGUGACCUGGACCUUACGUAUAAUGCCCCAGGUAUCAAGGAUUAUAUACACAAGGGUGGGUUUAAGAGAGAUGUGCCAUUGUUGGAGGAAGUGGUGGUGAUGGAAGAGGUAGCACAUUUCCUCCAUGAAGAAAAGGCUGAUGAGAUCAACAAACACAUUUAUGAUUUCUUUCAGAAAUUCUGAUUUGGAUUUUGUUUGAAUUUAUGGCAGUAUAUGAUUGCUGGACUUAUUUAAAUAUUUGGCUUGGUUGUUUUUGGAAGUGCCGAAUAGUUGCAACUGAAAUGAAGUCUUUGCUACUUCAUGUCUACUUAAGUUUCUUUUUUGCUUUGGUUGUAUGAUGAUUUGUAUAAAUUUAAUUUUGUCAAGAAUUCCCUCUG